UUAAAUAUAAUGUCUAUGAGGUAUCCAUAUGAAUUAAAAUAUUAAUCAUAUAUAUACAUAUAUAAUAUGUUAUUACAUAUUGGUAAUCGAAGUUUAUGUAACUAUAGAGUCUAAUACCAAUGUAUGUUAAUUGUAUCCGCGGAUACAAAUUAUCUAUAUGAAGCUAAGAUAAAAGAUAUGUUCCUGAUAUUGAUUUAUAUGAAUUCUUAUACGUAUUUCCCAUAGAAAAUGAGAAUAAUUCAUUACAUAAAGUUUAUGAAUAAUAUUGCUAUUUCUAAAGAUUCAUUAUGUUUGCAGGAUAUAACAUAUGUAAACAUUUGAUCACUGUUAAGUGUAACACAAGUAUCCGAAAAAUAUAAAAUAUACAUUAAUCAAUUAUUAAUGUUGACAUUUAUUCUUCCCGUAUAUUUUUGCUGCUAUGGAAUACUGUUUGAUCGAUAUUGGAUUAUCAAGACGGUUACUCGGACGUGACAGACAUUUUAUUCCUAUGACUUUCGAAAGAAUAAGAUAAUUUAAAUAAAGUAAUAAGUCGCAAUUAAGUACAUUGCAAAUUAUGGCGAAAGGAGGCGUGAAAUGUCGUAAGAUAUAUAUGUCAUAUAAGUUUAACAGUUAACUGUUAAGUAACAAUUUUUUGAUGAUGCGUUAGCAGACCACACUUACACUGUAUGCAGUAGCAACAAUCGUCCUUUCAGAUCCUCCAAUGCUCAAAAAACCAGUUUAUUUGUAAGUAUUUGUUAAUAUGAUCUUGAAUAAAUAUAUUGCAGCUUCUCCUCAAUUAAUAAAUUUGCCAACAUUCAUAUUUCAGAAGACAAAUAAGUGUUCUGAAGAUCUAGAUAGAAAGUUUCAAGAUUACAGGAAUGAUUGCUCAAGACGAUACAAGUUAUGCAGUUAUUCUUUAAAUCUUGGAAGAAUGGCUGUACGAGGUAAAACAAUCGGAAUCAUUGGCGGAGAUACAUGUAAGCAUUUUCGAAAACCUUUGGUUAUAUCGAAAAUACAAACUGCGGACACUCCACGUUGUUUGGAACACAAGGCUCUAAGUGAAAUUCUACAAACUGUACAGAGACGAUAUUACACCGCAUCCCCUAAAUCGGAGCCAUACAAAAAUGCAGAAACGCAAACGGAUUACAGAGAGAGCGAGGCGCAAACCGAACCUUGGGAGCCACCAUGCAAAAUUAUUUCAGGACACAAUCCGGAAAUAUUGACGCUGGCUCAUCUUACUUGGAAGCAUGGAUUACCCGCGGGUAUCCAUGAAGUGCAUGUGAUCAAUAGAAUGAGAAUGAAAAGAGCUUGGGAGGCUGUUCUACCACCGAUGGAUACAGCGGCCAACAUAAAAAUGAGAAAUUCGAUAAUAACGGCUUUAGAGAUAGACGAAUGGGCAUUUCGGGAGUCGGAGAUUCAGUUCAUAAUGGAUUUACGUCUGAAUCUGAUGAGGGAUCUUCUACAAAGUCGUGAGUCGGAGUAUAAAGAGAAAGUGCAGGGUCGUUUCAGUAGACUCGAGAACAAGUUGAGGAAACGUCGGGACAACCAAGUUAGGACCAUUAGACAUAAUCUUACGCGAGAUCUGCGAAAAUUACGCAAAAAGCAUCACGAUAGGCAGAAGCCUCAUAAACCUGAUAUAAUCGAACGACACAUUGAUCCCAGAUCUGAUUUGUAUGCGUUGCAAAUGCGUUUUGGUGAAUAUCCUCAGAGACGACAUGAAAUUCUUUCGCAAGAGCGAUUCUUAAGCGAAUGCCAUAUCGAGCAGAAAGAAAAGAAAGAAGAUACAACGCUCAGUUGGUUGUCGGCCAUUGAAGAAUCGAAAGCGACUAAACGCGGGCCUAAACCGAGAGAUAUUUGCAUACGAGAAACCAGAUGGACGGAGGAAAAACUGAAGCAGCUUCAUUCUGAUCUGAAAGCCAUUCGGAUGAAUGUUAAAUCCGUAGAUGUAGGUCUAACAUUAACGAAACGUAAUCACAAACAGCCGGAUUUACCUAUUACACCACACAGGUCGGAUGUAUGGAAUAAUAAGCAGACACAACAGGAGAAGCCUGCUAUAUUUAUUCAGAAAUUGAUUAAAGGCAGAGCGAUACAACACAUGGUAAAAUAUAAAUCAAAUUAUUCAUGUGUAUUUCGAAGAAACAUAAAAGAAUUGCAAUUGUCUCAGGCGCUCGAACAGCAGGAAAACCAUGAUGAUCAACUGGAAAACCAUGAUGAACAUGCAUAUAUGAUCAAUUUGCAGCGAUUACAGGAUGAUCAAUCAAUACAAGAAAAUCAAUCAAUACAGGAAGAUCAAACGAUACAGGAAGAUCAAACAAUACAGGAAGAUCAAACGAUACAGGAAGAUCAAACGAUACAGGAAGAUCAAGUGAUACAGGAAGAUCAAACAGAAGAAGGUUUAUUAAUACAGGAAGAUCAAUUAAUACAUGAAGACCGUUUACGUGAGAUUCUUGAUUCUUUAGAAGGAAAGACAGUCCGUGGGAUGUUAGAUUUCCUCAACAAAGAGUUGGUGAGAUUGGAGGACGAACGUAAAGCUCACGCUUUUGCCUUGCUUGCCGAAAGAGAAAGAUGUAUGAAAGAAGCCGCUGAGGACAAACGUCAGCUGGAACAUAAUCGACAACAAGAAUUUGAUGAAAUGUUCAAACAAAUUGUAAAAAUAAAUCAGGACUCGGUAAAAGCUUAUUUGGAGGAUAUUAUAAGGGAAGGAAUUGAUUGGAUAUCCGAAAAAGCAACCAAAGAACACAUCCCAGAGCUUUGCAACAAAAUGGAUGCCAUAGAAAACGCCGAUAAUUUGGCAGACGAGGACUUGAUAGCGGACAUGAUUUAUAAUCUUGUUUUACCUGUAGUGGAAAAAUAUAACACAAGAAGAAAAAUUCGCGACCAACUACAAAGUUAUAUGAAAAAUGCAUAUUUAUCAAUUUAUAAGAAAAUUUUGGAUUUGCCAUCUGUCGAACCAUCACAAGUCACGGAUCAAGAAGCUUGCGUAAAAAAUGAACAAGAUAUUGAGGCAGAAGAAAUAGAACUCCCGAUCCGCGAAACAGAAGAUGAAACGAGAGUAGAUUCAGAAAUCGACUCACAAAACGAUUCUUCUACGAAAGCUCAGUAAUUUGAAAUAUUACUUUGGUUUUUUAUAAAAAUUUUU